AUGCUGUGGAACUUACCAGAGACUGCUGUGCAAUUCCCCCGGCAGCUGGUGGAGAGAGGCGAGGGGCGGUGGCGGCGCUGUCUGAGGGAAUGCGGGCGGCCGGGGGGGGGGGGGGGGGGUGCUGCCGGCCGUCACUGGCUGAGGAGCUGCAGCCAGCUGCGGGUGCCGGUGCGAUGGAGGGGCCAGGCCACGGCUGCUGUGGUGACCGAGAGCACCAAGCCCCACAUCCAGCCCCAGGAGAGGAAACCUAAAACAGGGAUCCUGAUGUUGAACAUGGGAGGCCCGGAGCGGCUGGAUGACGUCCACGAUUUCCUGCUGCGUCUCUUCCUGGACAGGGAUCUGAUGACCCUUCCAGCUCAAAACCAGCUGGCUCCGCUCAUCGCCCGGCGCCGCACCCCCAAAAUCCAGGAGCAGUACAGCAGGAUCGGCGGCGGCUCCCCCAUCAAGAAGUGGACGGCGGUGCAGGGAGAGGGCAUGGUGAAGCUGCUGGACAGCAUGUCUCCUUGCACUGCUCCUCACAAGUACUACAUCGGGUUCCGCUACGUGCACCCCCUGACCGAGGAGGCCAUCGAGGAGAUGGAGAGGGACGGCGUGCAGAGGGCCAUUGCCUUCACCCAGUACCCCCAGUACAGCUGCUCCACCACAGGAAGCAGUUUAAAUGCCAUUUAUCGCUACUACAACGAGAAGGGGGAGAAGCCGAAGAUGAGGUGGAGCAUAAUUGACCGGUGGCCCACACAUCCCCUUCUCAUUCAGUGCUUUGCUGAUCACAUCCAGAAGGAGCUGAACCUGUUCCCACCGGACAAGAGGAGAGAGGUGGUGAUCCUGUUCUCAGCCCACUCGCUGCCCAUGUCUGUGGUGAACCGCGGCGAUCCGUACCCGCAGGAGGUGGGAGCCACUGUCCAGAGGGUCAUGGAGAAGCUCAACUACUCCAACCCCUACAGGCUGGUGUGGCAGUCCAAGGUUGGGCCAAUGCCUUGGCUGGGUCCCCAGACAGAUGAGACCAUCAAAGGGCUGUGCCAGCGAGGAAAGAAGAACAUGCUGCUGGUCCCGAUAGCAUUCACCAGUGACCACAUUGAAACCCUGUAUGAGCUGGACAUCGAGUACGCCCAGGUUUUAGCCAACGAGUGUGGCGUUGAGAACAUCAGACGAGCAGAGUCUCUCAAUGGCAACCCGCUCUUCUCCAAGGCCCUGGCAGACCUGGUGUGCUCCCACCUGCAGUCCAACGAGGUGUGCUCCCGCCAGCUGACCCUGUGCUGCCCGCUCUGCGUCAACCCUGUGUGCAGGGAGAGCAAGGCCUUCUUCACCGGCCAGAGCCAGCCCUGAGAGCCACAGCUGGCUGCUGCUGCCUCCCGCGGAGCACGGACGGCUGCACUGCUGCUUCCUUUGUCUGAGAGAGCUGCAGCAAGCAGGGGAAGAGGGGCGUUUAUCCUGCCAGGUGUGAGGAGACCUCACCCGAGCGGACUGAGCGUGAGCCCAGCAGUGAGCACUGAAAGACUCUCACAGCUUUUUUACAAUUAGCUUCUAUUCUAUGCAGGGGUUGAUUUGUGUGCAGGCUGGUCACGAGUGCAUUAACUUGCCAGGUCAGAGGUUUUGCUUAGGGUGCAGUCUGAGCAGCACAGCCUGUUGUCUGUUCUGAGAGGGACUUCUGAAGUGACUUCUAAUGCUUUUUAAUAAUGUUUAUAUAUAUAUAUUUCUUUUUUAGGACAUAAAGAUAAGGCUUUGUUUUGGUUUGGUUUUCUCCUGCCAGAAACUUCCAGUGAAAGCUUAGCUGGGAUAGUGGAACGCACAAAACUUGUUUACAUUUUCUAGGAAAAACAUUUUCAUUAUCUGCAGGCGAGUAUUUGAAGAGCAUAAAUUGAAAGGAAUUAGCCUGCUUGGGUGAUACUGGAGAAUUUGCUCCACCGAACCUGCAUGUUUCAAGUCUAGCAGGAGCACGUCUGGAAACAUGCUGGCUUAUCCGUUAAGCAGAAUGGCUUUUAAAAUUCUUCUUAUUUUGAUUAAAAAGGGCUUUUUCUGUUUGGUGAAGUAAAUUUAGGAAGUCAGGCUCGUUCUCCAGGAGGUUUAUAGAUCCACUCUGUGCUUUCUACUGUGGUUUUGUGGGAUACCUGUGGAGUGCCAUAGGUAGGAUUGAUCUGGCUUCAUUGCUGUUAUUUAAAUGGAGGUGAUCAGUCAGGAGCAAUUUCCAGUUGUACACUGCAGAAGCCUGAGGACAGGCAGCCCUGUGCUGGGCUCUGCUGCAGGGCUCCAGCCCUGCCACUGGCUGUGCCCCCAGAGCUGUGAGCCUGGCUCUGAGCCCAGCGUGGGGCACACGUCCACCUGGUGCCCUCAGCACUGGAAUGCCAGCACUGGCCCUGCAGGCUGGCUCCUGGCACUGCUGGUGCCUGGGGGCAGAUGCCACGCUGCUCAGCCAGGCUGGUCUGCUCAGGAAACCAGGAGGCACGAGCAGCCUGCACCUCUGCUCCUGUGAGCACGGGGUGGUUAGAGAGAGGAGAGGCCCUGCUGCGGGGUCAGGGUUUGUCCGGUUCUGUUCUCUUGCUGGAAUUAAGGCUGGGCUACUAAAGGAACGCUGUGGUGAGCACCGUGCAGUGCUGUGAAUCCCCAGUACCUCUGCAGAGCUGCUUGCUCCACUGCCAUGCCUGCUUGCCAGGGGCACAGACACGUUCCUUCAGUGCCAGAACCUCCUGCAGCACCCUGCCCUCACACAAAGUCUUCCUUGGCCCUUCAUGCCUGUGCCUGUUGCAGUGGCAGGGAGCCAGAAGCUUCUCUUCUCCCUCCUCUCCCUCCCUUUGGGCUCUGCUGUCUGCCUGGGCAGGAAAAGGAGCACAAAUGUCCAGUUUGUCUGGGAACGCUGGCCUUACGUCUCUCGUUGGACAAAGAACUUCCUCUGUUUCACUGCUCUGCCUGACACUUAGGGAUCAGUCUGUCAAAUCUUCCUGCUCACUCCUGCUUCCUCCCAGCUGGAGGGAACGUGGACCUUAAGGUGGUGCAGGCUGUGACCACCACAUUUACAAGUGUGGAAAGCAAAGGUUAACUUCAUAUGAACCUUGUGGUAUUAUAAGUACAGAUGGCUUUUCAUUUUCACACUGAAAAUAGUGGCUGGCACUGAUUCUGAGGCAUUAUGUUUGUCCCCAGUAAUAAAAGGUACUUAAAAUUCA